UCCAGAGAGCACGGCCAGCUAGAGCAACAAAGGAGCCCGGUAGUCGGCAGCCCGGAGAGCUCAGGGGGCUGCGGCGCGCUCGCGCGGAGGUGGCUGCUGGGCCGCGGGCUGGUGUGGGGGCGGAGCCGGGGACCAACUCCCGCACCCCCCGGCCGGUGCCUGGCCUCCUCCGAGGAGCUGGGAGUUGGUUUUAAUGGUGGGAGAGGGAAUGGGGCUGGAGAUCGGAGCCCCAGGGGGCUCCCAGGGCUGAAGUCAACUCCGAUCGCCAGGCGAGGCAGUCCGGAGUCCGUGCAUCCUGGCCCGGGCCUGCGCUGCCCAACAUGGGGCCCGGGUUCCAAAGUUUGCAAAGUUGGGAGAAGAGGGGCACGGACGCGCGCUGCGCCUGGCGAAAACUGGCCCCAGACUCACGGGGCGCACCGGUCGCCUAAGUAGCCUCCGCGGCCCCCGGGGUCGUGUGUUUAGCCAACGGACUCCGGGGAGCGCGGGGGCGCCUCGGCUUCUGCUGAGUUGGCGGGUUUGGCCAUGGCCGCUGCCCGCCCCGCGCGUGGGCCCGAGCUGGCGUCCCCGAGGCUGCUGCAGUUGCUGCUGGUGGUACUGCUGGGGGGCCCGGGUCGGGGGACGGCCUUGAGCGGGAACGCGACCGGGCCUGGGCCUCGAAGCGCCGGCGGGAGCGGGAGGAGGAACGCGCCGGUGACCAGCCCUCCGCCGCCGUUGCUGAGCCACUGUGGCCGGGCCGCCCACUGCGAACCUCUGCGCUACAACGUGUGCCUGGGCUCGGCGCUGCCCUACGGAGCCACCUCCACGCUGCUGGCUGGGGACUCGGACUCCCAGGAGGAAGCGCACGGCAAGCUCGUGCUCUGGUCGGGCCUCCGGAAUGCCCCCCGCUGUUGGGCAGUGAUUCAGCCCCUGCUAUGUGCUGUCUACAUGCCCAAGUGUGAGAAUGACCGAGUGGAGCUGCCCAGCCGCACCCUCUGCCAGGCCACCCGAGGCCCCUGUGCCAUUGUGGAGCGGGAGCGAGGAUGGCCUGACUUCCUGCGUUGCACCCCGGACCAUUUCCCCGAAGGCUGCCCAAACGAGGUGCAGAACAUCAAGUUCAACAGCUCAGGCCAAUGCGAAGCCCCAUUGGUGCGGACAGACAACCCCAAGAGCUGGUACGAGGAUGUGGAAGGCUGCGGGAUCCAGUGCCAGAACCCGCUCUACACCGAGGCCGAACACCAGGACAUGCACAGCUACAUCGCGUCCUUCGGGGCGGUCACAGGUCUCUGCACACUCUUCACACUGGCCACCUUUGUGGCUGACUGGCGGAACUCCAAUCGCUACCCCGCGGUUAUUCUCUUCUAUGUCAAUGCAUGUUUCUUCGUGGGCAGCAUUGGCUGGCUGGCCCAGUUCAUGGAUGGUGCCCGUCGGGAGAUUGUUUGCCGAGCAGAUGGCACCAUGAGAUUUGGGGAGCCCACCUCCAGCGAGACCCUGUCGUGUGUCAUCAUCUUCGUCAUCGUGUACUAUGCCUUGAUGGCGGGAGUGGUCUGGUUCGUGGUCCUCACCUAUGCCUGGCACACUUCCUUCAAAGCCCUGGGUACCACCUACCAGCCUCUCUCAGGCAAGACCUCCUACUUCCACCUGCUCACAUGGUCACUCCCCUUUGUCCUCACUGUGGCAAUCCUCGCUGUGGCCCAGGUAGAUGGAGACUCUGUGAGUGGCAUCUGUUUUGUGGGCUACAAGAACUACCGCUACCGUGCUGGCUUUGUGCUGGCCCCCAUUGGCUUGGUGCUUAUCGUGGGAGGCUACUUUCUCAUCCGAGGGGUCAUGACUCUGUUCUCCAUCAAGAGCAACCACCCUGGGCUUCUGAGUGAGAAGGCUGCCAGCAAGAUCAAUGAGACCAUGCUGCGCCUGGGCAUUUUUGGCUUCCUGGCUUUUGGCUUUGUGCUCAUCACCUUCAGCUGCCACUUCUAUGACUUCUUCAACCAGGCUGAGUGGGAGCGUAGCUUCCGGGACUAUGUGCUGUGCCAGGCCAAUGUGACCAUUGGGUUGCCUACCAAGAAGCCCAUUCCAGACUGUGAGAUCAAGAAUCGGCCCAGCCUCCUGGUAGAGAAGAUCAAUCUGUUUGCCAUGUUUGGCACUGGCAUUGCCAUGAGCACCUGGGUCUGGACCAAGGCCACACUGCUCAUCUGGAGGCGCACCUGGUGCAGGCUGACUGGGCAGAGUGACGAUGAGCCCAAGAGGAUCAAGAAGAGCAAGAUGAUUGCCAAGGCUUUCUCUAAGCGGCGUGAGCUGCUGCAGAACCCGGGCCAGGAGCUCUCCUUCAGCAUGCACACUGUCUCCCAUGACGGGCCUGUGGCGGGUUUGGCUUUUGACCUCAACGAACCUUCAGCGGACGUCUCCUCUGCCUGGGCCCAGCAUGUCACCAAAAUGGUGGCUCGGAGAGGAGCCAUACUGCCCCAGGAUGUGUCUGUUACCCCUGUGGCAACUCCAGUGCCACCAGAGGAACAAGCCAACCUGUGGCUGGUUGAGGCAGAGAUCUCCCCAGAGCUAGAGAAGCGCUUGGGCCGGAAGAAGAAGCGGAGGAAGAGGAAGAAGGAGGUGUGCCCACUGGGACCAGCUCCCGAGCUUCACCACCCUGCCCCUGCCCCUGCCCCCAGUGCAGUUCCUCGGCUGCCUCAGCUGCCCCGGCAGAAGUGCCUGGUGGCUGCAAAUGCCUGGGGAACAGGGGAGCCCUGCCGACAGGGAGCCUGGACUCUAGUCUCCAACCCCUUCUGUCCAGAGCCUAGUCCCCAUCAAGACCCAUUUCUCCCUGGUGCCUCAGCCCCUAAGGUCUGGGCCCAGGGCCGCCUCCAGGGGCUGGGAUCCAUUCAUUCCCGCACUAACCUAAUGGAGGCUGAGCUUCUGGAUGCAGACUCGGACUUCUGAGCCUGCAGGGCAGGCCCUGGGAUGAGAAAGAUGAACGCACCCUUUUCUGUGGCUCUUCUUCCUGAGAGCACACCUCUGGGGUCUCAUCGGACAGAGUCAGUGGGCCACGUGCCGGCUAGAAGAGUUCUGUGCGUCUGCCUCAAAGCACCGGACUGUGGGAACAAGCUGAAUAUAGCCGUUGAUAGGUCUCACGUCAGGAGUAAGACACCCCCACCCGUCUCUGCCCCAACGACUAGAGUCCGGCUGGCAGGGGCAGUCUCCAGUAGAGCUGUGCUAAGGCAGGAAUGGCAGGGGCAGGGGCGACAUUACCCAGAGUGGGCUAUGGUGGCCAGUGAGGCGACCGAACCCAUGUCUGGCAGAUGAGGGCUGGCUGUCCUUCCUUUCUGGCACUCUUAGACCAAAAGUGUUCGUUGUGUCGUUUGUCUUUUGUCUAAGUGGGGACAGGACUCUCUUCCUCCUCUUCCGGGUAGUUGUGAUGACCACUCCCAUAAAGGCCAUAGCUGAUCUCAGCAGGUGGCCCUACCCCAGACACAUCCUGUUUUCCUGUACUCUCUUCCACAUUCACGUCUCACCUCCACCAGACUAACCUCUUCCUGCUUAGCACCCUAAAACAGCAGCAUGUGUACAUGCACACACACACACACACACACACACACACACACCUUACUACUGAGCUCAGUCUCCAGCUGAGAGACUGGUUCCACUCCAGGCCUCUGAGAGACAUGUUCUUUCUUCCACAUGUCCAUCCAGUGGGGAUGGACCCUCUGACUUAAGGGGCUAUGUCGGGAAGCUUCUAUAGCUUGAGCUAGGCACAAAAGCUUCUGACUUCUUUAUCUGCUGGGAAGGGGGAAGCCCCACUUUUUUUACAAUGUCUAGUCGUGUUCAUAGUGCCCCACAUUCAAGAACCAGACAGCGGGAUGUCUUAGAAGCUGACUGGGUUCCAGUUCAGGGGAUCGGUAUGAGAAGAAGAAAUAUAAACAGUAAAUAAAUGUUUUUGUAUAA